CCUUACGCUGCUAGUCGUCCAAGCCUUGCCACUCCAUCUCCACUCCGUCCAGAGCCUUGUCAGAUUGGCAGUCCGCUUCAAAACGAAGGAGCCAUCCCCAAACCAUCAGGUAGUGCAGGCACUCGGGACGACAAAAUGCCCCGCCCAACAGACCACUACACGCACUCCCAAUUCGAGCCCAUCGCCUCCGACUUCCAGGGCGAAACGGUGGUCUGCGUGCACUGCAAGCACUGGACCGGCAGCGUCAAGACGCUCAACCGCAAAAAGGAGCAUCUGCUCAAAUGCCCCGCCUACGCCGCCUGGCGCGCUGCCGGCAACGGCCAGGAUCUGCCGCCGCCGAAUAAGUAUUCCAAGCGGGACAGUUUUGCGCUGAAUGAGCCGGUGGAAUACGCGCCAGCGCCGACGGCGGUGAUGGGGGCGUUUGGGGAGUAUGCGGGUGCGCCUGCUUCUUCUGGGGCAAGGAAUCGGGCGCUUGAUGUCAUUAAAUUAUUCGACGAGUUCUGGGACGAUUCCUCGACGCAAAAGUGUAUGCGAACUCGCUGCAAGUAUUGUGGUUUCGUGCGAGCAAAGAACUCCACUCGCCAGUACGAACAUCUCCAAAGCUGCAACGAAUACCUCGCCUCUUCCGAAGGCCAACAAGCCCUGGCGGAUGGCCUCCUCACAGCCCCAAUCGACGCGUCGCGAAGCACCAAUGCGAAUACCGGCGACAUCUUCAACGGCGCCGCCCCGAACCCCAAUCUCACCUUUCCAGAGCAAAUCCGUGGAGGCAAGAGGGUUCGCCUCAGCAAUCCUGCCCAAUCCACUUCCACUCCAACGAGGCCACCACCCCCUCGGAAGCCCUCGCCAUCUCUUGUCAAUCAUUUGCUCACGCAGAAUCGUAGCUCCGUGGAGCAGUCUAUUCAACUCCCCUUCCUCUCCCACGCAGGCUGCGGCACUCUCUCCCGCGCCGCGUUGCAGCAGUGGCUCACCCAGCAAAGUCAUCUGUCGCGCUCAUUAUGUACCUUCAUCGGCACGCUGAUUGGCAAAAUCCGGCUGAACGAUGCCCCGAACCCCAGCCUCGACACCUCCUGGCGAGCACUCGAUCUUCUCGUCUCCGCGUUGAACAACGCCAAACGCGAACUGGACUUUCUGCGCUCCACGCAUAUGAAGUACGGCUUGCAGCAGGAUACGGACGCGCCACGUCCAGCGACUAGAGGCAUGCUCGAUCUCUUUGCCGCAGCUUCUGCCCCGGCUGCAAGUCUCUUAGAAGGCCUGGUGAUACUCUGGGCAAUCGAGCAUCUCUACAGCCUCUCCUGGCACUACGCCUCAACCUUCAUCCAACCCGUAGCCCCCUCCUCAACCUCCUACACAGUCCCCUCCUACCUCCAACCCCCGCCAAACCCCUACCUCCCCUACAACAGCACCAACAACAGCACCCAGCAACACCCCGCCCAAGCCUCCAACCCAGACACAUCGCACACCAGCGCGCUACACGAAGCCCUCAUCCCCAACUGGACGUCUCUCGGAUUCGCAAACUUCGUCGACGCGUGCAAAGCUAUUGUCGACGAGUUGGCCAAUGGGCAGACGGCGGGGAAUGGAGCCGAGCAGUUGAGGGCUUGCGAUGGGGCGUUUAUGCAGGUGGUUUGGUUGUGGAGGCAGGUCUGGCCGGAAGUUACGGGGAUGGGGGAGGAGGAGGUGCUUGCUACUGCUGAUGAUGCUGUGGGCGGUGAGCGGCUGAAUGGUGAUGAGGCGGGGCGGCCGAUUGAGGUUGGGGAUGACGAGGAUGAUGGUGUUGAGGUUGAUGCUGAGGGAGAUGUGGAGGAGGGGGAGGAGGAGGGGGACGAGGUUGAGGCUUCUUAUGCGGAUUUGCGGGCUGUCGUUGCGGCGAAUCGGGCUGGCUAGGGUGGGAGGUCCAACGGUGUGUUGAUGGUGGAGGUCAAGUGACUCGUAGCAGCAUUUUCUGGUUGCAUUAAUAUAUCAGAUGUCUAGGUAGCGAGGGCGUUCUCGUGUGAAAAGGAGAUUUGUUGGAGUCAUUUGGUGGUGCUCAUUCAUGUCCUCUC